GAGGUCCCCUCGCCAAGGUACACAAAAAUGGAAGAGCUAUGGUCCGCAGGAGCCUCCAUAUGGAGCGGAUCAAAUUUUAACAAAAACGACGGAGUUGCGGUUUUAAUUAAUAAUCCUAACAUCUUGGUGAAGGGCAGCACUGUGGUGAGCCCCCCUCGGUGGUUCCUGGGGAAACUGGAGAGGGCGGUGUUUUACUUCCUGUGGGGGUCCAAGUGGGAGCGCCUGAAGAGGGAGACCAUCAAGAAAAGGCCGGAGAACGGUGGAAAAGGCCUCCCAGACCCCCACCUGUUUUUAGGCAGCCGCUUCACCGCCCUGCACAUUAGUUAUGCCACGACCCCAUCCAAAGAAAACAAGACGGCUGCAAUGGCGCGAUUUUGGAUGGGGUCUUACCUACGAACACUGAAAAUUUUACCAGUGGACUUGAAAACCCCAGUGUCUUUUAACUUGCCCAAAGAGUACAGUUUUAUAAAAAAGUUUUUAAAGAAAUACCUUUUAGAGAGUGAAGAUGUCACCAUUUUAACUCAACACAAGUCUCUCAUCUCUGUUGUGCAGGACCGGGAACCGGUGAGUCCAGUUCCGGGCCUCACACCAAGUGAGGCCAAACAAGUUUGGCGGAACGCGGCUCACCCCGCUCUCCAGAACAGGCACAAGGACUUAUCGUGGAUGGUGGCUCAUGAGAUCCUCCCGGUCAGGGCGGUUAUGCACUCCAGAGGCAUGGCCAAAAACCCCAUCUGCCCGCGGUCCGGCUGCAAUUCCCCAGAGACCGUCCACCACCUGCUCUGGGAGUGCAGCACUGCGCGGGACCUGUGGGCCAAGACCGGCCCCCUGUAUUUCCCGUGCCUACCAGCGGGUGGGGCCCAGUUCGGGUACCAGCUCGCCAUCCUUGGGGUGGGCCGGGGCUUGAAGGACUUGACGGCACAGAAAUUUACCUCGCUCUGGCUCACCCUCAACGUCAUCAAGGAUGCCAUCUGGGCCACCAGAAACCUGCUGGUGGGGAAGCGCGUUACGGUAACCCUCCAUGCAUGCGAGCUAAAGGUAACAUCAAUGCUGCAGGGGUACCGGACGACGAUAUUCGGACGGGGGGGCCGGGGUCGCACGGAGAGGGUCCCGGCAGGCACCGACCCUGGCCGCCCGUAGAUGCACCCUCACCACUCUGGCUACGGGAACAGCGGGCCAGCGGGCCGGAGGAGAGGGGAUCUCCGCUGAGUCCAUAAAGUAGCAUCUCAUGUCCCUGUUCUGGAGAGUGGGGUGAUGACCCACUUGAUAAGGACUCACCCCCGGUCUUGCACAAUAGAUGAUUUUUAAUUGGUGUUUUUUAUUGUUUUAUUAUGAAAGAGGUUUUAUUAACAUAUAUAUACGAGGCUUGUUUGCUUUUUUUAAAAAUUUGUAUUUUACUUUUGGAACUGACCGCACCUUUUAAACACACCUCAAUAAUGGACUUUUAAAAACAAGCAAAACACUGUGGUUUUAAUCAAAUGCUUUUUAAAAAUGAUUGUUUUCUUUCAUUUUACCAUGUGUAUUUAUUAUAUAUUAUAUUGCUUGUUUUAAUGUGUGAUUAAAAAGAAAAUGUUGUGUGAAAAAGAAAAAAUGCAAAUGGAAAAAAUGUAAAUGGUGACAAUAAAACUUUUUCGAAAGAAAAAUCUGUUCUUAUCAGUUUAAUAUCUGAUACGUCCCCCAUCCGGGGACUACAUAUUAAAUGGAUUUUUAGAUCACGGAGCUGGAGCCGGGGCUUGCUCCGUCCACUCCAUGCAUCGGCCUGGUAUUGCAGUGUCUCCAGGAACGGUGUGCUUUCCCUUUUUGGGGAUUGCCAUUUAUUGUGUCGAAUAGCAGAACAAGGAAUGAGAGCUGCCAUUGCAGAUGCUGUGGUUUAUUGCAAACUUUUUUCCUGAUGUGUCCACCUGGGGUCUUGGACUCUUCCACUAACGAUGCACCCACCUGAGGUCUUGAAGUCUUUCACAGACGAGGUGACGCAUCGAAUCAGGUGUGUUUGUUUAAAGAGAGUCAUCUAAAACUGGCGUUGGGAAGCACCGGCCCAUGAGCUUGGCAGUUUCCAGGCCAGUAACGGAAGGCACCCGUCCUUCCUUUCCUGGAGGGGGGGGCGGAGGGCUAACCAUUGGUGAGGAUGGUAGAGAUGCAAAUCACACCUCUGGCUGACCGCCUGGGCCUUCAUACUUACCUGGCAGGGGAGACACCAUGAUCAAGAAGGCGGUUCACCCAGGACGAGGCUUGUCCAUUGCACUCCGGCCAUGCUGACCCCUGCGAAUUCCCCAAAUGCGGGAAUCUCGACUGCAUAAUUUAUGGUAGUGGGGGACUGCGUUCGCGCUCUCCCCUGAAAUUGUUGGUGAAACAAAGCAGAAGAGGUUUUUACAGUUUUUUAUUUAUUUUCGUUUCAGAAUGGGGAGUUCUGUCACAUGCGAGAUAUGUGUUGUGCGCCUGUGAAACAAAGUCACUUGCGCUCUUGAAAAAUCGGACCCUGGUGGGUAGUUUAGUUCGAACAUAGCGCAGACCUUACUUUGAAAGUAGAUUGGACUGACUGCAGCCUAGCUGUAACUGUCUCCAUGUUGUUUGGUUGUCCUUUUUUUCGAUUCGUAUUAAUUUUGUUGUCGCUUACAGCGACACCUAGUGGCCUGUCGCCGCGCCCUUUUUCACCUGGCCUCGGACUGAGCCCCUGCACAGGUGUGCCGAUUUGGGUGAAGGGAUCUCACUCCUUCCUGGAGUUAUAGCCAUUCGAGCCACCUCGGACACGCCACCUUAGCACGUUUUGAGGUCCCCUCGCCAAGCUUACGGCGCCACCUAGUGGCCUGUCGCCGCGUCCCUUUUCACCUGGCCUCGGACUGAGCCCCUGCACAGGUGUGCCGAUUUGGGUGAAGGGAUCUCACUCCUUCCUGGAGUUAUAGCCAUUGGAGCCACCUCGGACACGCCACCUUAGCACGUUUUGAGGUCCCCUCGCCAAGGUGAAUGGAAAUUUCCUCUAUUUUUGGAUGAUUAUUGACACUCAGACUCCAGAGAAGCUUUCUGUGCUGAUUUGGGUGGGACUGGGCCAAAUACCUGGCGCCAGGUUGCAAAAGAAGGUUUUCGACAAAAUCCAAAAUACCCGAAAAUUUCGUCAGAGCGACGGGCCAAUCUGAGACCUGCGUCUCGUUCGGCUCGAGCCAAGGAUUCCGGUGACAUAAGGCACGUGGCUCUGCGACCAACCGUUUGGGAGUUACGAGCCAUGCCGUACUUUCCGUCAGGCCGAUCGGGACGAGGCCCGGUGACGUUGUAGACAGGGGAGGGUACUACCCAGAUAGCACACUUACGUCUGCAAGAUGUCUGUUAAAGAACUGUUGAUCUGGAAAGCAUCUGCCAUCUACAAACGUCUGACAUACGCCUUUCAGAUGUCAGUUUUAUAUACCUUCUAAAUCAUAAACAUCUAAAAGACAUCUAAUUGACAUCUAUCUGACAUCUAAAAGGCAGUGUUGGGGAGUAACUAGUUACAUGUAACAGCAUUACGUAAUUUAAUUACAAAAUGAAUGUAACUGUAAUUAGUUACAGUUACGAAGAAAAAACUAGUAAUUAAAUUAAAGUUACUCAUGAAAUUUUUAACGAUUACAAAGGCAAUUACAUUUGAAUAUUUACACACAUCCACAUACAGAUUUCACUGAUUUCUUUCCCAAAUUGCACUGACUAUUCUGAGACAUACGCCCUAAUAAUUUCCAGAAUUUUAACAGAUUUUUUUUUUUUUUUCCCAGUCCGCCCUUCCUGUAAAUUAAUGGCAAAAACAUGCAGUUUCAUUUAAUACAAAUAGGCCUACUGAAGCUUGCAGUGUUGUCAGCCUCUGCCGCCUCAAUAUAGGAGUACAUGAGCACAUAAACAUAAUUUCUAGAACUGCUCUGUGUCACGUCAUGCAUUUUACCUAUCAUAUCAUAUGCAAAGAGACAGCAGUUUAAAAAAACUCCAAUGUUUCAGGAGUUUAUUAUACAGGAAUGACACAUGCUUAUUAGAUAACUGUAUUUGAGUUGAUGUAUAUGUUUUUAUUUAUUAUUAUUUAAUUUUCACAAAUUUAGAAAAGUAAUCUAAAAGUACUCAAAAGUAAUUAGUUACAUUACUUUAAUAAAGUAAUUGAAAAAGUUAUACUACUAUAACAUUUUAAACAGGGUAACUUGUAAUCUGUAACCUAUUACAUUUCCAAAGUAACCUUCCAAACACUGCUAAAAGGAGACGUCCAAUAGACGUAUUGCAGAUGAGCAAACAGCCUUAAAACUACAUCUUGCAGAUGUAAAUUCAUACGUCAAAUAGACGUCUCCUAGAUGUAUGUGUGCUAUCAGGGUACCAUCCCCCAGCGUUUUUAGGUCUCCCAAAACUUACCAAAGCCGAGAUGGGCAUCGCCGUGUCCGGCUUCCUCCCUGCUGCGUCUUAGCAGCAUCGCUUCUCGGCCUUUUGGCUAAGAUCAAGUGUAGUAUCUGUUCUUAUCAGUUUAAUAUCUGAUACGUCCCCCAUCCGGGGACUACAUAUUAAAUGGAUUUUUAGAUCACGGAGCUGGAGCCGGGGCUUGCUCCGUCCACUCCAUGCAUCGGCCUGGUAUUGCAGUGUCUCCAGGAACGGUGUGCUUUCCCUUUUUGGGGAUUGCCAUUUAUUGUGUCGAAUAGCAGAACAAGGAAUGAGAGCUGCCAUUGCAGAUGCUGUGGUUUAUUGCAAACUUUUUUCCUGAUGUGUCCACCUGGGGUCUUGGACUCUUCCACUAACGAUGCACCCACCUGAGGUCUUGAAGUCUUUCACAGACGAGGUGACGCAUCGAAUCAGGUGUGUUUGUUUAAAGAGAGUCAUCUAAAACUGGCGUUGGGAAGCACCGGCCCAUGAGCUUGGCAGUUUCCAGGCCAGUAACGGAAGGCACCCGUCCUUCCUUUCCUGGAGGGGGGGGCGGAGGGCUAACCGUUGGUGAGGAUGGUAGAGAUGCAAAUCACACCUCUGGCUGACCGCCUGGGCCUUCAUACUUACCUGGCAGGGGAGACACCAUGAUCAAGAAGGCGGUUCACCCAGGACGAGGCUUGUCCAUUGCACUCCGGCCAUGCUGACCCCUGCGAAUUCCCCAAAUGCGGGAAUCUCGACUGCAUAAUUUAUGGUAGUGGGGGACUGCGUUCGCGCUCUCCCCUGAAAUUGUUGGUGAAACAAAGCAGAAGAGGUUUUUACAGUUUUUUAUUUAUUUUCGUUUCAGAAUGGGGAGUUCUGUCACAUGCGAGAUAUGUGUUGUGCGCUUGUGAAACAAAGUCACUUGCGCUCUUGAAAAAUCGGACCCUGGUGGGUAGUUUAGUUCGAACAUAGCGCAGACCUUACUUUGAAAGUAGAUUGGACUGACUGCAGCCUAGCUGUAACUGUCUCCAUGUUGUUUGGUUGUCCUUUUUUUCGAUUCGUAUUAAUUUUGUUGUCGCUUACAGCGACACCUAGUGGCCUGUCGCCGCGCCCUUUUUCACCUGGCCUCGGACUGAGCCCCUGCACAGGUGUGCCGAUUUGGGUGAAGGGAUCUCACUCCUUCCUGGAGUUAUAGCCAUUCGAGCCACCUCGGACACGCCACCUUAGCACGUUUUGAGGUCCCCUCGCCAAGGUGAAUGGAAAUUUCCUCUAUUUUUGGAUGAUUAUUGACACUCAGACUCCAGAGAAGCUUUCUGUGCUGAUUUGGGUGGGACUGGGCCAAAUACCUGGCGCCAGGUUGCAAAAGAAGGUUUUCGACAAAAUCCAAAAUACCCGAAAAUUUCGUCAGAGCGACGGGCCAAUCUGAGACCUGCGUCUCGUUCGGCUCGAGCCAAGGAUUCCGGUGACAUAAGGCACGUGGCUCUGCGACCAACCGUUUGGGAGUUACGAGCCAUGCCGUACUUUCCGUCAGGCCGAUCGGGACGAGGCCCGGUGACGUUGUAGACAGGGGAGGGUACUACCCAGAUAGCACACUUACGUCUGCAAGAUGUCUGUUAAAGAACUGUUGAUCUGGAAAGCAUCUGCCAUCUACAAACGUCUGACAUACGCCUUUCAGAUGUCAGUUUUAUAUACCUUCUAAAUCAUAAACAUCUAAAAGACAUCUAAUUGACAUCUAUCUGACAUCUAAAAGGCAGUGUUGGGGAGUAACUAGUUACAUGUAACAGCAUUACGUAAUUUAAUUACAAAAUGAAUGUAACUGUAAUUAGUUACAGUUACGAAGAAAAAACUAGUAAUUAAAUUAAAGUUACUCAUGAAAUUUUUAACGAUUACAAAGGCAAUUACAUUUGAAUAUUUACACACAUCCACAUACAGAUUUCACUGAUUUCUUUCCCAAAUUGCACUGACUAUUCUGAGACAUACGCCCUAAUAAUUUCCAGAAUUUUAACAGAUUUUUUUUUUUUUUUCCCAGUCCGCCCUUCCUGUAAAUUAAUGGCAAAAACAUGCAGUUUCAUUUAAUACAAAUAGGCCUACUGAAGCUUGCAGUGUUGUCAGCCUCUGCCGCCUCAAUAUAGGAGUACAUGAGCACAUAAACAUAAUUUCUAGAACUGCUCUGUGUCACGUCAUGCAUUUUACCUAUCAUAUCAUAUGCAAAGAGACAGCAGUUUAAAAAAACUCCAAUGUUUCAGGAGUUUAUUAUACAGGAAUGACACAUGCUUAUUAGAUAACUGUAUUUGAGUUGAUGUAUAUGUUUUUAUUUAUUAUUAUUUAAUUUUCACAAAUUUAGAAAAGUAAUCUAAAAGUACUCAAAAGUAAUUAGUUACAUUACUUUAAUAAAGUAAUUGAAAAAGUUAUACUACUAUAACAUUUUAAACAGGGUAACUUGUAAUCUGUAACCUAUUACAUUUCCAAAGUAACCUUCCAAACACUGCUAAAAGGAGACGUCCAAUAGACGUAUUGCAGAUGAGCAAACAGCCUUAAAACUACAUCUUGCAGAUGUAAAUUCAUACGUCAAAUAGACGUCUCCUAGAUGUAUGUGUGCUAUCAGGGUACCAUCCCCCAGCGUUUUUAGGUCUCCCAAAACUUACCAAAGCCGAGAUGGGCAUCGCCGUGUCCGGCUUCCUCCCUGCUGCGUCUUAGCAGCAUCGCUUCUCGGCCUUUUGGCUAAGAUCAAGUGUAGUAUCUGUUCUUAUCAGUUUAAUAUCUGAUACGUCCCCCAUCCGGGGACUACAUAUUAAAUGGAUUUUUAGAUCACGGAGCUGGAGCCGGGGCUUGCUCCGUCCACUCCAUGCAUCGGCCUGGUAUUGCAGUGUCUCCAGGAACGGUGUGCUUUCCCUUUUUGGGGAUUGCCAUUUAUUGUGUCGAAUAGCAGAACAAGGAAUGAGAGCUGCCAUUGCAGAUGCUGUGGUUUAUUGCAAACUUUUUUCCUGAUGUGUCCACCUGGGGUCUUGGACUCUUCCACUAACGAUGCACCCACCUGAGGUCUUGAAGUCUUUCACAGACGAGGUGACGCAUCGAAUCAGGUGUGUUUGUUUAAAGAGAGUCAUCUAAAACUGGCGUUGGGAAGCACCGGCCCAUGAGCUUGGCAGUUUCCAGGCCAGUAACGGAAGGCACCCGUCCUUCCUUUCCUGGAGGGGGGGGCGGAGGGCUAACCAUUGGUGAGGAUGGUAGAGAUGCAAAUCACACCUCUGGCUGACCGCCUGGGCCUUCAUACUUACCUGGCAGGGGAGACACCAUGAUCAAGAAGGCGGUUCACCCAGGACGAGGCUUGUCCAUUGCACUCCGGCCAUGCUGACCCCUGCGAAUUCCCCAAAUGCGGGAAUCUCGACUGCAUAAUUUAUGGUAGUGGGGGACUGCGUUCGCGCUCUCCCCUGAA